AGCCACACCUUCAAACCAAACAUUUCUUGAUGAAUACAAAAAACUGGGUGUGAAUCUAAGGAUGGCUUCUCCUGAGGUAUAAAGAAAGCUUCAUCAUGUCUUCAAGGAGAAGUGAAGAAUACACAGGUUCAAACCUGAGCCUGGCCACCAGCUCGACCUCCGAUGUAUCUUUGCCGUGGAUAAGGAGGCCGACGGAGGAGGACAAGCAGGAUGCGACGUCGACGACCACCAUCCCGUUGGACACCAACGUGAAGCCUGGUCAGUAUGUCCUACAGAGUCUGUUUGCAGAGUUUACCAUCCAAGCAGAGAGGAAGAUAGAGAGGAUUAUGACAGAACCUUUGGAAAGUCCUUUGGCAAAACUGCUUCAGAGAGGAGAGGAUCAGCAAUUCGACCAGUUGCUGAGUUCAUUAAGUGCGGUUGCUGAGCAUUGUCUACCAUCGUUACUCAAGACUCUUUUUGAUUGGUAUUCUCUUCAAAAUGAAGAAGAUGGAACACAGAGACAGAAGGUGGCCACAAAGAACAAAGGGGAGAAGGAUUACCUGUCUGAACGAAGAGAUCUUGCUGUGGAUUUUCUAUUCUGUCUGGUUCUGAUAGAAGUCUUGAAGCAACUCCCUCUUCAUCCUGUUCCAGAUAACAUGAUCUCACACAUUGAGACCCUAGCAUUCAGACAUUUCAAGAGUAGAGAAGGACUGCAGAGUGGAGUGAACACAGAGAACAUUCACAUCAUAGCUGAUCUGUAUGCUGAGGUACUGGGUGUCAUGGCUCAAACCAGGUUCCUCUCUGUUAGGAAACGCUUCUUCACUGAACUCAAAGAACUCAGAUCAGAGCCACAGAAUGUCCAAACAACUCAGUCUAUCAUCAGCCUGGUCAUGGGUCUCAAGUUCUACCGAGUUAAGAUGUUUCCUGUCGAAGAUUUUGAAUCCUCCUUUCAACUCCUUCAUGAGUGUGCCAACUAUUACCUGGAAGUCAAGGACAAAGACAUCAAGCACGCCCUCGCUGGCCUCCUGGUCGAGAUACUCGUUCCCAUUGCUGCUUGUGUGAAGAAUGAAGUGAACAUCCCUGUCCUGAAGAACUUUGUUGAGAAGAUGUACCAGACCACCUUUGAGCAGUGUUCCAAGAAGAAGCAUGCACUGGCAGCAUUCCCCCUUCUCACCUGUCUUCUCUGCGUCAGUCAGAAACAAUUCUUCUUGUCUACGUGGCAUAACUUCCUCUCCCUCUGUCUCUCAAGCCUAAAGCAUCGAGACAGCAAGUUGUCCCGCGUAGCUCUAGAAUCCCUUUACCGUCUCCUCUGGGUUUACAUCAUGCGUAUCCAAUGCGAGAGCAACACAAGCACCACCAUGCGCCUCCAGAGCAUCACAGGGACUCUCUUCCCAAGGAACUCCCGUAACGUCAUACCGAGGGAUACACCCCUUCACAUCUUUGUCAAGAUCAUCCAGUUCAUCGCCCAGGAGAAGCUGGAGUUUGCCGUCAGGGACGUCAUCUUUGAUCUUCUGGGAGUCACAGGAAAGAGCAGAAUGCUCUUCCCAGAGCGCAUGAACGUUGGUCUCCGAGCUUUCUUGGUGAUUGCUGACAGCCUGCAGCAGAAGGAAGAAGCCCCACCAAUGCCCACCACCACCCGGAUCAUGCCAUCGGGAAACACCCUCCGAACCCGAAAGACAUUUCUCAACAAACAACUUACAGAAGAUGGAGCUAAGACGAUCGGGGUAGCACCAUUCUAUCCCAGCAUCAGGAAAGCCCUGGAUCAUAUUGUUAGGUCUCUGGACAUGACCGUUGGCAAGGCCCUACUCAUGACCAAUGCACAGUGUCUGACCAAAGAGCUGGAUGACCUCAUGACGAAUGAAAGGAAGCCAAAGAUUGAAUUGUUCAGGACAUGCAUCGCAGCUAUCCCACGUCUCAUUCCUGAUGGUCUCAGCCGUAAAGAACUCCUGGAACUCUUAUCAAGGUUGACUGUCCACAGGGAUGAUGAACUUAGAGGCUUGGCGUUCACAUCCCUGCAGAAUGUUGUAGUAGACCUUCCAGACUGGAGAGAGGAUGUGAUCAUAUGUUUUGUUAACUUCAUGGUUCAUGAAGUUCAUGAUAUGUUCCCUCUCAUCUUGGAGAGCGCCCUCAAGAUGCUUCUUCAGCUUCUCUCACAGUGGAAGAUGGCAGAAACCAAUAAGGAAGAAGAGCCCCAGCUGAAGCCACCAUAUGAACGGAACCCAUUCGCCGGUGUACUAAAUCUUGUAGAAGGAUUUGCCUUGGUGUUCCUGUGUAGCUGUCGACCUCUGAUAAGAAGAUUGAGUUUCUUUGUCUUGAAGGAAGUCCGGGCCCUUUUCAGCAUCCUUGGAUACUCAAGAGUUGACGAUGACAGUGUGCUCGAUGUGAUUGAUAGAGCUUGUCCAGGAGUGGUGGAGAGUUUCAUCCAUCAACUACCACCAGCAGAAAAGGCUACCAUCACUGCAUUACCCACAGUAGACCUUCAAUGGGUGGUAGAGCGUUCCAUCAAUCAAUGGUCUGGGAGUACAUACGAGUCGUCUGGAGCCAGCGAUAGUCUGACCAAGCUAGCAGCGAGGGGUAUGGGAGGGUUCAAUCCUUGGGCCUCUUGCCUGGCUAGAUUCUUCCAUAGUAAUUGCUUGCCACACUACUGCCCGACAGCAGUGACCAAUGCCUGGCCAGUGGUCAACACCAGACUGACCCAGCUCUAUGGACACAUUGACCCAAGUGCUCCAUCUGAAGGAAGGACAUCAAUUCGUUCAAAGAAGGUUCUUCAUCCAAUGGAUGAUAACAUUGCCCUCUGGAGGAACUAUCUGGUGUUUGCAUGCAGCUGUGCCCCACCUAGCGCCGGUUAUCAAACUCCAAGACGAUGCUUGUCCCCAGAACCCAAUAGUGGUUCAAACGAUGGUUCCUCCCACCUUGAGAGAUUAGAAGCCAGACUUCAUAGUUCAUCUAGCGGGGUGACAGCAGCAACACUCUUCAAGAUGUUAGUUCCACUCAUCAGAUGUGAUAAUACAGACACUAGAGAGGCGGUUGUCAACGGUCUUGGCUGGACAAACAUGUUUGCAUUCAGGGAUCUAAUGGAUGAACUGCAACAAUCACUGAAAGAUGCCUUGGAGAGGAAGCAAGAGAAUAUGAGACGAAAGAGAAGGAGAGAUUUCUUGAGAGUGCAUCUGAUCAGAGUCUUUGAGCUGAUAGCUGAGCACGGCUUGUUCAGAGAAAGGUGUUUGCUUGGAAAGGAGACUCAGCCACUGAACAGUACUUUCAUUGAUUACAUCGAGGGUAUGAGGUUGUUUCUAGAGAGUGAGAGUGAUAAGGAUUCACCAACAUUGAUGGAGAUCAGACUGCACUUCAGUGGAUUCAUUGGACGACUCAUUAGGAGUGUGCCAGCUGAGCAUCGAGCCAACCUCUUGCCACGUGAUGUACGCUACAGCGUUUUCUUUUUAUGUGGAGCAUGGUGUCGCAAACUUGGCGUAGUCUAUGGUGCUGUUGAUAGAACACCAUCAUAUCAAGAUGAGAAUUUCUCAGACCUAGAGAUUGAGGCAUUGCAGGCAAUGGCUGCUCUUCUUGUUUGUGGAGAGGUGUUUGAUACCAAUGCUCUUGCCCAAGAAGGUUAUCUGUACACCUGGAUGGACAACUUACUCAACUGUACCGAUGAAAGGGUUCACAAGCUAGGUAAAGAAACAGCAGUGCUGCUACUGGAAAACAACCCUCAACUUCCUAUGGUACUGAUGUGGUGUAUCCACCGGUGUUACACAGGACCUAAACUUGUUGCUAGUGGUUAUUUCCAAGCCAUGGCUUCAGUCCUUAAUACAAGUGAGUACCCAUGUGAUAUGAUAGUGAUCCUGUGCUUGGUCCUACUGAAGACUGCCGAUCCUUGCUCCGUCAUCCGCACACUGGCCUAUCAACUCCUACAAGUCCUUGACAAGAGAUUCUUUGGCUCGGGUGGACAGAGCAACCUUCUCAAAGCCACCUACGGCAAGUCUCAUGUCGCCCUGAGCAGAGAGCUGGCCAACUUACACCCAGAACUCACUCUUGCCAUUUUCUCAGAAAUAACGGAACGUUUUGAGUCUGCCCCUCUAGUCCAUCGUAACAUCAUGCUGGAGUACCUGCUCCCCUGGAUCUAUAACAUUGAGCUGGUAGACUCCCUAGGUAAGGAGGGAGGUGGAGCCGGCUCCCUGGUUGGAGGUAAGGAGAAGGACGUGGUGGAGAUGGAGGACCCGGAGCAGGGGUGCGCCUUGAGGCGUCCUGGAUGGGGUAGCAAGCAGGCGUCCUGUGUCAUCCUCAAUAACCUUCUCUUCAUUACGGCAGAGUAUGGUGAUGAUCACUGUGAUGGUCUUGAACAGCUAUGGGCGGGGCUAUGUACCUGUUGGCCUGGUAACCUACCGGUCAUUCUUAACUUCCUGCUUGGUCUAACUGGUGUCAUGACCAACCCAAACCUUCUACCUUAUUUAAAGCGAGUGCUGGUAUACAUUGCCCGUGCCAAGCCCCAGCGCCUGAUGGACGAACUGAUGCGAGAGAUGUUGUCCGUGGAGAUCGUCACCACCAACGUGGAAAGGACUGAAGAACCACCCUUCUUCCAGCUCUACCACCAACCCCAGUUUGGGGCGACGGGACCGGAGUCCGGAAGCGCGGCAUCGCUGAUUGAGAAGAUGGAUAAGGAGGAGGAGGCGAGGAUGCUGGCCAGUGAGAAAGGCAAACAGGAGAAGAACACGUUGGAUCGGGGUACUCAGGUGGCGGUGGGAACUAAGACACCACCACCUACUGAUGGAGGGAGUUCAAAGGAUAAGGAUAGCAUCAUCCGUUACAACGAAGGAUCCUCCUUGCAUCAGAGUAGUGGCAGUUUGUCCACUCUAACCAGCAGUACCUCAACACCUAGCAAUGAAUCGGCUGGAACAGACAGAGUUCGAUUUAAACCGGCCAUCCCAGAGGAGCCAGAAGAAUCCAAUGGUAGGUUUACCACUAUUGAGGAGAAGACAUCAGAGAAUUUCCAAGGAUCUACGAAGGUUGAUUUCUAUGCAGUAUGGCAGCAGCAGACCAUGAAUGGACUCACUUUACCCAUUCCUCUACCAGAGGAGUACUACUGCGCACCACUCUCAGAUUACAUUGAUGACAAUGAGACGCCCCCACAGGGAGUCAUUCACAGGUGCAACUUGGCGACUGUUUUGCUGACUGACCUGGUUCUUGAGAAAGUAGACGUUGACUGGCAGGUUCAUCUUCCUCAUAUUCUUCAUGUUCUAUUUCUUGGUCUUGAUCACACCUGGCCUCUGGUCCAUGAGCACUGCAAGCGAUUGCUUCUCAACCUCCUGGUGAAGCUGGCUCCUCACAACGACUUUGUCAACGUAGCUCACACUCUGCUAUCUCGACAUGUCAUUAGUGACCUCAAUUCAGGUCUCCUAGAUCAGAAGGUCGUUACCAAGGAAUAUAACUUCACAGGUGGGCCGACGAGUCAUAACGGCCACACACCAGACACCAUAUCCUACGAAUCGGACAACACCGGCCUCAUGGGCAGCACUACCACCAUUAGCGGAGCAUCCACAGUCUCUGUCUCCAGUAUGAGUUCCACCUCGACUGUCAUCCCAUUUGGUAUGAGUGCUGUUACACACAUCAGUGUAGAUCAUUUGAGGACCAGUGAAGAAGCCGCCAAAGCCCUGAUAGAAUUCUUGGUUACAAGGAAAUGUCGCCCUCUGUGGUCAUGUGAAGAGAUCACCCCCAGGUUAACCGUCAUCAAGAGUGCAGAGCAGCUCGAGACUUUCCUUCGGAAUGUAGUAAGGAUCUUCCAUGGCAGUUUGAGAGGGUCUCAUCUAGAGCAGCGUUGGGCUCAGGUAGCACUUCAGCUAGCUCUGUCUUGCUCUUCAAGACAUUAUGCUGGCAGAUCGUUCCAGAUGUUCCGAGCACUGAACCCUCCACUCAACCCUAUGAUGUUGUCUAACAUCAUGACCAGACUGGUCGAGACGGUAGCUGAUCAGGGAGAAGAUGUACAGGGGUAUGCAACAGAGAUCCUGCUCACCUUGGAGAACUCUAUCGACACCCUGGCCCAAGACAUCAUCUUCGCUGACCUUCGGGAGAGGUCAAAGUCUGGGUCAUCCCGCAAGGCAGAGUUCCGUAAGAGUACCAGUAACCUCUUCACCAGUAACUUUGAAGGGAUCCGUCCCAAGAUCAUGGAAGGACCUAACUCUGUCAACUCGCCAGGGAACAACAAUGCAGACAUGCGAGCGUACGUAGAACACCGCGGCAGGAGCUCCACCACCAGCGAGCUUGAUAAGUCAAGCUUCCAUCGAGGCCGUGCUCGUAGCAGCUCAUCCCUCAAGCAUAUCGGAGAGAACAACAUCUUUGAGGAGAGGCUGAACAUGCUGGCCCAGGUUUUCUGGAUCUUUGUCUCUCUCCUAGAAUCAGACUAUGAGUUUGAGUUUCUGAUGGCUCUUAAAGCUCUAGAAAAGCUUCUAAGAUACCUUCCUCUAGACCGUCCUGAGGUGAGAGUUCGUCUUGAUCAGGUUCUAGCUCAACUCAGAUGGGAAGGAUACCCUGGACUUCAAGCACUUAUCCUGAAGGGUUUCACUUCCUCUGUGACCUAUGACCUGACUCUUCACCUGGUGUCAAAGUUGACAACCUACACUCACCUGAGAGUGAUAGAUCCCACCCAGGCUGCUGGCUUCCCUCUCAAUGUGGUGGCUCUUCUACCAUAUCUCAUCCAGAAGUUUGGUCAGCCGGAGAAGUUUGCUUGUGAAAUAGCAACUAACAUCAGUAGGGUUUGUCAGGAGAGAUGUACCAAGAUGGCACCCCUCUCCACGGUCCUGACGAUGUAUAAGAAUGGAACCUAUAACCGUGAUAGCAAGGCUUGGGCUGGUGUGGUAUGUAAAUACCUCCAUGGGGCCUACUCACACUUCAGCAUUCCUAUGAUGACAUUCCUGAUCGAGGUAUUGGAGAAAGGUCCAAUCAACAACCAAUCUCCAGUUCUCCAGAUAGUCUAUCAUCUCAUUCAUAACAUUGAUCUCAUGGCUGCACCAAUGCAACAGGUUAAUGAUAAUCUAUUGAGAGUCAUCGCUAAAUAUGUCCAGGGAGUGCACUGGCAGGAUUCUCUCAACAUUCUCAAAGUAGCUGUGUCCAAGUCUUCUUCACUGGUCAAGCCUCCAUCCCAUAGUGACCAUCACAAUAGGGUAGUCUCCUUAGCCCUUGACCAACGCAAGGAACUACCGGGUCGCACCAUGGAAUUCACCUUUGACCUUUCUAGGGUUGUUGAUCCAGAACAUACCUCCAGUACACGAUCAUCAAAGGAUAAGACUCCUAUCAUACGACGCAAAUACCCUUCCAUGGCUACGAUCACUACAUCGUUUAGCGAUGAGUCGGCAGCGAGCACGCUUAGCAGUGACGACAGCAGCAUGAGCACCGAACCCACCGACAUGUCCCAGCUCGGGCCAGGAGGAAGCAUGUUCUCUGCCUCUUCGGCAACCAUCAAUGCAGCCAAGCAGAAUAUUGUACCCUCGGCCUGGCGCAAGCCUCAGCAGUCGCAACGAAGGACCAGGGAGAGAAUUUUGUCUGUUCUCAAAGGACUGGGUCAGAAUGUUGGAUUGCCCAGGAGCCCAUCGGUGAUCUUCAGUUCUACAAGUGACAUUACAAAUGAUCGACAGACCAGCGUAUGUUCAUCAAGUGAUUCUACCUCCAUUGUUGACUCUAUGAACCCAGAGGGCAGCAAAGCAGAGGAGAGUGGCGAUAUACCAACACUCAAAGAGUUUGACUUUGAGGGAGAAGAAGUAGACAGAGAGGAUGGUAAAGGUUUUAACUGGUAUGACAGCCGUCAUUCUUUGGAGGAUAUUGAUUCAAGUGGAGUGACAAACCCUGAUCAUGAGGGAUCCAAAUAUUCAUCAGAAGAUGAGACAAGUAUAUCAGGCGCUGAUGAUAAUGCACCCAGUCUUGAGAAUAGUCGUAUCUACUCAGGAAUGUCUCAAGAAUUCAUUCCUUCACCAGGGGGCAGCAGCGUCAUCCGAAGAACAGCGUCAGGAUCAUUAUCAAGUGGUGGUAGUGAUAUUGAUAGCAUCACAUCCCCGAUAUGCAACUCACCCACCGCCAACUCGUCCUUCAUCUACAUCCCCGUCGAUGAGGUGGAAGAAGCCUGGCAGAGUCACGUUGACGCGGUCAUGGGGGAUACGAGCGGUCGUUUCGCCGUCAAUACGUUCCAUAUCUUCACACAGCUGUAUAAGGUCAUGCAGCAGAGGUUCUGCAACCUGACGCGAGAGGCUUGCAAUUACCUGGGUGAUAGGAUGAGAAGCAUAGCACUUCAGUUCCUGAAUACCCUUGAAGUCCUGAGCACCCAUGCUCUUUGUCCAUUUGUCUAUGUGGACACCGAGACCUUGAUGAUGUGUAGAUUACUAGACAGCCAUAAAUACUGUGUGCUUGAACUCAAUGAACACUACGAUACAUACAUCUCAAAAAGGGACCUUACGGUUGAGUGCCUGGAUUCAAUCAAAGCAUCUUUGAAGAGGCAAACUCUCGUAGCUCAUGAUAUAAAUGGCCCUACAGGAGAAGAACAGCAAAUUGAGCUCUGUCGUCGCCUGUACCGUCUCUACUGCCAACUGAGGAUGUUGUUUGAUAGCUACUGUAAACUGAUUCAUUCUCUAGAGGGCGCCAAGCAUGGUCCACAUGCCUCACAUAUUGUCGACUUCUCAGUGCUAGUCUGUGCAGCCAAGGAGGAACUGUGUCUUGCAGCUCAGGAACUAGAAAGUGGCCAGGUUGCAUUGUCACCAGAGGGCGACACAGGAAUCACCACACCUGAAGCAGCCGUUGUCACCUUGACCAAUCAUCUUGGACGAAGGGAUGUCAGACGGGCUCUCAGGUUCUUACAUGUAUACAGGUCAAUGUGGUCUGGUGAGCUCUUUGGUUCCAGUGAGGAAGAUGAUCAGGAUGUUCUCUUGGCUUUACUAUGUAAACAACUUGCUGAUGGCAGGAGUGGUGUUCUAGUGAUCUCAAGGUCAGGCCAGGAGCUCCAGACAGCAUGCCACAAACUGAUGGACAUAAACGCUCAACUCAAAAAAUCCAUCAAAGUCAUUGAAAACCUGGAAACCAAGGAAGAGGUGGAAGAGAAGAGUGAGGUAGAGAAGGCGGAAGGAGAAGGACCAGGGAAAGGUGACGAGAAAGUUAAGAUGAGGAGGAAAGGCAACAGGAAGGGGAAGAAUGAUGGAAGGAAGAGCUGGAAGAGCGAUGGGGAUAGAAGCUCAAAGGAAGGAAGCGGGGAGGCCGGUCAGGGCGUCAAAAGCGGACGGGGUAAUGAUGAGAAGAAGAAAGGAAAGGAGGAUAAGAAGGGGAAGCAGGAAAAGAAAAGAUCCAGCAAGGAACUGACACCAGAAACUACUGGAACGGAGGAGAGGAAUGAUGGGAAAGGAAAAGAUGGAAAAGGUGGGGAGGGAGAAGAUUCGGAAGUUGUCGUUGUCACGGUGACGAGCGAUGAAGGGGUGGGAGGUGAUGUCGAGACGAAGGAAGCAAAGAUUGUAUUCCAGAGCAACGAGGGUGUGGAGAGUGAAGGGGUUGAAGGGCGCAAGGUGACGCUUGAUACCAAGGGGUCAACUGAGAACAUGGAAGAAGUGAAGGUUGAGGAUGUGACAUUAAAGGAUGCAUCCAGCGGUAAGGCUGAUGGAGAAGGGGUGGAAGGUGGCAGCGAAACCAGAACAAUUGAUGAGGAGGAGGUGGAGUCUGACUUGACCGCUCUCAUUGAAGCCAUUGAGGAAAUGGAGGAAAAGGAGGAGAUGGUGAAUAAAGACAAAAUGGAAGCCCUACCCUUGAAACUCACCGAUGAUGAAAACACCAGUACUGGUGCAGCAGGGGCAGGGGUUGAACCCUCCUCUCCGGCCAAAGGGGAAAGUUUUGCCCCCCUUCCUGACAUGGAUAGUGGCGUCAUGGCCGAGACUCCAGACUCUCAAGCACCUGACAACAAAACUUCCUUCACCGAUGAUGUCCCACUGGAUAUUCAGGUCACACCUGCAGAAGAGGACAAACUCUUUCCUCCAGACAAGGAGCCAUUGAGGAAGGGGUCAACGGGAGAGACAGAGAAUGAGACGGAGAAGAAGGCUCUUGGAAUCACCGAAGAUGUUUGGCAGAAAGAUCCCAACUCCAGACCAACAUCUGGAGAAAGUCUUUGCACAGAGCUUUAGGACCAAAACAUAACUUGCCAUUCAGAGAGCUUGAGUGAUAUGAAUAUUGGUGUAAGAAAUGGUGAACCAGAACUUGUUUGCAAGAAAUCUUAAUGUCAAAUGUGUUUAAAAGUUUUGUAUCUGGAACCACAGCCAGAAUGAAGAUGUUAUACAUGUGUGUUUGCCAUAAAUGCCCUAAAUUUGAUUAAUGAGUAACAAUAAAAAAAAACAUGUGAAUGACCAUUUGUAAAAGUGUGAAAUCCUCAAACUGUGUAUCUCAUAUCUGCUAUCUUUCGUUGAUUUGGCCCAAUACAUUCACAUCAUUCUAUUUAGCAAAAGACACUAGAAUUUGCAAUGGAAGACAAUAUUGAUGCCAUUAAAUUAGAGGGAAUGGAGUAUUUUCACUAUAUUUAUUAAAAAAAAAAAAAAUAUAUAACAAUUAGGCUGAAUGCACAGAUAAGUUUGGUUUAUUUAGGUGUCUUUAUGUGGAUAUUACAACAGGUAUUCAAUAAUGUUUUGGGAUUCUUUUGCAAUAUCACUGUACAAUUUAAUGUUUUCAACGACAAUACUUUCAUUGGAGUGGAAUACUGACCAUUUUUAUGUUAUCAAGUUCUUUGUUGUUUUCUUGUAGAAUAGCCUUGUUUUCAACAUUUCUUGUUUUUAAAAAAAAUUCUUGCUUUCUUAUGAGAAAAUAGUUGCAAUAAAAUGCUGUGCAGUCAUCAUUUUUUUAGAAGCCCAUUGAUUUUGUUCACUUCCAAAUCAAGUAUUAUACAUUUAACCCUUUGUUUACUGGAACUGGCUAGUUGCUGUACAAAGCCCAUAGUUAUAAGAUAAUUUAGUAGUCAACUUGUUAAGUUAUUUGCAAUUCAUUCAAACCAUGACAAUGUAACAUAUUUGUGAAUGAAUGGCUUGAAACAAUGCUAUUGAUGUGAACAAAAUAUAUAUUCUAAAACAAAUAACUGGGCCUUGAAACAGCUCAACAAUAUAUAUUGUAAUCAUAAAAAUUACAUUUAGGGGGAAUCCCCAGAGGUGCUUUGGUUUUCUUGUUCAUAUAUACCCUUGCUAAUGACUUCAUUCACUUGUAUAUAAAUGAGAUACAUGUACAUGUUUAUUUAAAUGUUGUACUAAUAUACUGCAGCAGAACAUUUGUUUUUAUGUAUUUGCAUUGUUGCUGUACUUAUUUAAAAAUGUGGAAAUAUUCUCUGUAUCAAUAUUCAAUAAUCACAAAAGUAUCUUACAGUUAAUAUGGACAUAUUCUUUGUGAUAGUUUCUAAAUUAUUAAUGUAGGAUGAAAAGUUUUUGAGUAUGUUUGAUGGUAACAGAUUCAUGUGGUUUAAUUUUAAUUUUCGAUUAAAAUGAAAGUGACUGUAUAGUACAUUGGCACAUAUCAUGUACAUACCGGUAUGCUUCUAGUUUGUUCUAUGUGUUUCAUUUCCUUCUAUUCUAACAUAGUGUCCUCCCUGCUCCUUCCAAAAAUUUUAUUUAUCAUCGUUGCCAUGAUUUGUAUUUUGUGCAGAAAAUAUGACUUUAUUGCUUCAUAAUAAUUUGUGAACAAAUUUUCGGCAUUACUCCUUUGUGUUUAAGAUCGCAUGCUUGGUCUGUAAUGAUUCUGUAUAUUGCUUCAGUUGCCCAUGUUUUUAAACAAAACAUUCAUAUGCAUAGUUUUUAAUAUGGAUUUAUUCUAGAAAAUAUUGUAAAUUUUAUUUAAAUGUGGAUUUAUUUGACACUUACCUUUCAGCCAUGUGAUAAAUAUGUGCUAAUUACAUGUAUGAUAACCUUUUUUUUUUAAACCUUUUUAGAUUAUGAUUGUCUAAAGGUAGUGUAAAGAGGGAUCUGGAAAUAUAUCUGGGGGUGUUUCAUGAAAGUUGUCAGCGCUGACUAAAUUGUCAGAGCUGACAAUUUCAGUUAAAUCCUUGGUUUUUAUUGGCUGAGAGGCACUAACCUCUGACCGUUACCGUGGUAACUGUCAGAGAAAGACAAGUUGUCAGUGCUGACAACUUCAUGAAACGGUCCCCAGUUCUUCAUUAUGUUCUCAAAAUGAUUUACAUAUUUAUUUGUCGAGAAAUGAGUAGAACAAAGAGAUUUGAGCAAACAAUGUUUAUGUCGAAGAUCAGUUCCCGAUAGACAUCUGAUACGUUUUCAGCUCAGAUGAAUAGUAAUUAUAUUUGGUACUCUUCAAAUGAUUACCUCUUUCCAAAAGUGGUCAAUGAUAUUACAUGACAUAAUCACAUAUAUGCUAAUUUACCAUAACUGGGAUAAUAAAUGGUGAUUAACAGUAUUUUUUUAUUCAUAAUCAAGUAUUUAAUUUUACUUUGAAGUAAAUUAAAACCCCACAAAAUUCAUGGAGAGUUCCAGUGUCUGUGAAUAAAUGAAUGAAUGUAAUAAAACUUAUAGCAGAAAUCCUGAUUUAGAGUACUAGCAAUUAGUCAUGUUGUGAAGGAAUUAAAUUCAGCUUGUUUUGAUUCACAUGAAACUUAUUUUAGAUUUGAAUUAUGGUAUAUAUCACCGACUUUGUAUUGAUAUUGAUGAACAUUGCUGCAGUUUCUUUAAGAGCCCAGAACUAGAAAAGAUUUUUACAUUAUCCCCAAACAUUGCUAAAGUAUAUUAUCUGUCUUAUUUUUAAAGGUGAUUUAUGUUCUGGUCAACUAACUUCAAUACUCUAUGGAGAGUGGGGGAAAAUAUUGCUUUUAUAACAAAAUAUACUGGUAUUUAUUUGCUUAUUUCCUAAUUUCAUUGACCUGGCUCUUUAUCAUUAUGUAACUUUGUCUAGAUUUAAUUCAUAUUAGCGAAGUGAUGUAAUUUGGACAUUGAGAGCUCCCAGCCUACUUUGCAUUUCCGACCAUUCAAAUAGGACUGAAUAAUUCCAUUGAAUUGUGAACACACAACAUCAAGCCCCUUUUUACAGAUAUGAAUUUGCCUGGUACAUAUUGCAAAAUAAUUAUGUUUCUGCAUCACCCCAAUGAUAAAAAAUGAACAUGGACCUAUUGUAAUAGGUCCAUGAUAUGAAUGACUGAUGAUAAAAUAGAAUUUGCAUAAGUCGACCUUCCCUGUUUUAAGUCAAAUAAAUGCUUAAUCAAGCAUUUUUCCAGUUCAGAAUAUGCAAAACAUUUUAUUUACAUGUUGUAAGUCAAAAUUCGGUCAAGUAAAACAGAUGGUUGUGGCCCCAAGAUAUUUUACUUGGGCAGAUUCACUGGUGCGUUGUGUUUGUUUGGGAACAUAUUGAAAAGAGAGGGUCAUUAGUUGUGAAAUUGAAAUGCCAGUUAUGAAGUGUGGUUUUCAAAACAUACCAUCACUCGUACCUUUGAUACUAAGAUAUCCAUACUUAUUUAUUUCAUCAGCACCUUGAGGUCAUCAGUGAUAUAACCCAAUACAAGUUCAAAUAAUUUAAUGGUUAAUAUUGAAAGUAAUAGCUUUAGUUUACAUGGAUUUAGAGAGCCACAAAGUAAGAGUUGGUAUUAGGUAUUAAUCAAAAAAUACAUUUUAAAUCAUAAUAAUAACCACGUCUUGGUCUGAAUGAGGUAUUGGACAUGAUUAAUGAUGGGUCUUGGCUCGAGAAAGAGAAGUUAUGAUAACGAUGAAGAUAAGAAUUCUGAGUUUGAUGUUUACCCAAAAUGUUCUCUUUAUCCUUCUGUGUAUACCUUGUGAAAAGUUGUGCCCUGUAGAACGUCAUGUCAUCAGAUCUAUAUGAAUUGUGUGUCCCGUAUUUAUUUGUUUGUUCCAAAAUAAAUUUUUAGAAGCACAUGCCUGCAAGCAGAA